GGGGGGGAGAGAACGGGGGAGGUUGGACUCUGGAGACUCGAGAGGGACAAGAACACGCAUUCUUCGGCAGUCUGGCCAGUGCUGACGCCAACCCACGCCCACGCCCACGCCUACUCCGUACGCCCACGCCCACGCCAACGCCAACGCCGAUAAGGCCCUCUUCUGGAAUGAGGACGAGAGGAAUGUGGCAGAAGCAAGUCUCCCAUGGCAAAAUAAUCGCGGACCCGCCCACGAUCUCUGUCGAAGACUUCCAUUUCUGGGAACCUGUCGUGGGACCCCCUCCUCCAGCUGGCCUCAAGGCAAUGAACGCUUCUCACUCGUCUAACCGUUGUUCGCUGAAGACCAGAACCACCGGCUCAUCCCCCCUCCUUCGGACCGUGGGGCAAAACGCCCGCGCCUCUUCCCUGCGAUUUGUCCUUGUCGGACCAUCCCCCGCUAUCAUCGAGACUGCCCGACAAUCGUCUCGCGUAGCUCGGUCUUACGCUGCCGUGGACCGGUGGAUCGUCGACAUGGGCUCCACUAUCGCCGUGCCCUCACUGGGGCAUGACUGCAGCUCUUCCUCGUCCCUGGCCCCGGAACCGUGUAUCGACGUCAGAACAGCUGUUGGGGGAUUGGGAUCGUGA